AAAAAAAAAACUUCAGAUAUAGUUUUUCAUGCCCUAAGAGCACGAAAACACACAGGGGGAAAAGUCCUGACUGAGGUUGUCAUAAUUCAUGCAUGAAAGGGUACUGUCAUAUUUAAAUAAUGAAUAAAUAUACAGUAUCAUUAAUAGGGUAAAUUAAUAAAUGGUUUUUACAUUAUUAUGAGGGUGUUUAUGGAGCGAACAACUUUAUAAAGCUCACACUUGAAAUAAAUAAUUCAUAAUGCACUCUUAUCGUUGAUUUGCUGCUCGUGAGUCCAGCCCUCCGUAGCUCCAGAUGCACCUGCUCUCCAUGUGCACCGGCACUUCAGCCGCUUCUGAGCCGCAUACACACACCGGGCGAACGCGAUGAUCAGUGAGUACAACUUCUAUCUGUCAAUCUCAAUAUCACAUCUCCAUGAUGAUAACGAACAUUAAUGACUGAACAGCUUUUUCGUGACUUAAAAGCCUGUGGGAAUCACGACACAAAGGAUGAGGUGCUGCUGAAACAAAGGAAAGUGAUUUACGCGCGAUGCCGAGGCGCUCCCAGAUUCACGAUAUGAUUCCCAGCAAAUGUUUCGCGCUUAGUUUGCUUUCCUUGAAGUGAUGUGAGCGGGAAGCUGAUGGUGAUGAAGCAGAUGAGAGUGCGAUGGUUGGUUGGGUGAUCUCACAUUGAUGGGCAGUGGAGAGAGAGUAAGGCGUGCUCGCGCAUCAUCAUCAUCAUUACCUACGCGCUCUUGGCUUUGAACCAUUUGCUUAUCCUAAAGAAACAAACACUCACAGAGAAGCGAGAAUGUAGACUGUUGUAGUCUCUGAUUUGUGUGUAUAUAGUUAGGAUAGCUUUAUUUUACAUUGAUACGGAAAGCCCUUCUGGGAAGACGUGACAUCAUGAAAUUCCCGUUAGAGAAUCCAAGGAAACAGGUGAACUGGGAUCCUGAGCAAGUGGCUGUUCAGACAAACAUCGUGCCUCCGAAGAAGGUUCAGUCCGGUGCGGUGCAGUCCAGUCUGGUCCAGGCCAGCGUGGCCACCAUGCAGAACCCGAUGGGCUGUGAAGUCAAAGCCAACGGCCACUGUCCUCUCCCGCGCCUCUCCAUCUCGUCCCGCUCGGCCAGCAUGGUCACCGGUAUGGACUCUGGAGCGGACGGUUCUGCUCUGCACUCGGUCAUGAAGUGGAAGACGGUCGUGGCCGUGUUUGUGGUGGUGGUGGCAUACCUGGUCUGCGGCGGUCUGGCGUUCCGUGCGCUGGAACAACCCUUCGAGAGUAACCAGAAGGACACCAUCACACAGGAGAAGGCCCUGUUUCUGCAGAGGAACCCCUGCGUUUCUCCAGCUGAGCUCGAGGCCCUCAUCAAGCAUGCAGUAGACGCGGUCAGCGCUGGAGUGAGUCCCAUUGGAGACACGUCCAAUAACUCAAGCCACUGGGAUCUCGGCAGCGCUUUCUUCUUCGCUGGAACCGUCAUCACCACCAUAGGAUAUGGAAACAUCGCUCCCAGCACUGAAGGCGGAAAGAUUUUCUGCAUCCUUUACGCCAUAUUUGGCAUCCCUCUGUUUGGCUUCCUGUUGGCCGGGAUCGGUGAUCAACUCGGGACCAUGUUUAUAAAGAGCAUCCUGAAGGUGGAAAAAGUUUUCAGGCAAAAGCACAAGCAAAUCAGUCAGACCAAAAUCCGCGUCACCUCCACCAUACUCUUCAUCAUCGCUGGCUGCAUCAUUUUUGUCACCAUCCCAGCGGUGAUUUUCAAACACAUCGAGGGAUGGAGUACUUUAGAAGCCAUUUACUUUGUCGUCAUCACUCUCACCACUGUCGGCAUUGGAGAUUAUGUAGCAGGUGGAGAUCGCAAAAUAGAAUACAUGAAAUGGUACAAGCCUCUGGUCUGGUUCUGGAUUUUGGUGGGUCUGGCGUAUUUCGCAGCGGUUCUCAGCAUGAUUGGAGACUGGCUCAGGGUUCUGUCCAAGAAAACAAAAGAGGAGGUCGGAGAGUUUAAGGCCCAUGCGGCAGAAUGGAAGGCAAACGUUCGAGCGGAGUUACGUGAGACACGGCGGCGCCUCAGCGGCGAGAUCCACGACAAACUUCAGCGGGCGGCCACCAUCCGCAGCAUGGAGCGCAGACGUCUGGGUCUGGAGCAGCGCGCGCAUUCACUGGACAUGCUGUCGCCUGAAAAACGGGCUGUCUUUGCCAGUCUGGAUGUCGGGCGCUUUAAGACGUCCUCGCAGGAGAGCAUCAACACUAAACUGAACAACCUGCGACUGAAGGCGGAGUGUGGCGGACAGGAGGCGUCCUCCGAGGAAAACUUCCUCAACCGCUUCGGUUCGCUCACCAAACUGGCCAAACGCAACAGGAGUAAAGAUGUCUGCAGGAACAUCCCAGAGGAUGCAAACAAUGUAGGUGACAGUAACAGCAGCAACGUCACACUGGGAGAGGAGAGAAGAGAGGAUGAGGAGGAGGAAGAAGUGGAGGAAGAGAAAAUGGCGAAGGAGGCGAACACCAGCUUCACGUGUCUGCCUCACUAUUCUGAGGAUCCCAAACAGCAGAAUGGUUUCGCACCGGCCCAGGUCAAAGAACAAGAGCGAAAUAAAAGACUCGAGCAGAAAGAACAUCAACCGUAGGCAGACAAUGACAACAUGCACGGGAAGGCAACUGACUGAUGUCAGAACAUGUGCCUUUCUGUUUUGUAAGCUGCGGCUCGACUCGUAACGAAGAACCGCAGUUGAUUUUCACUGUGACAAAUGACAAGUUGCCAAAAAUGUGAUAAGAGCUCAAGGAAUACAGACUGACAUCACUUUAUAGGGACAGUUCACCAAAAAUGUGGACAUUCUGUCAUUGUUUACUCACCCGCAUGUUGUUCCAAACAUUCCUGACUUUCUUUUUUCAAUGGAGCUCCAAAAAUGACAAAAAAACACCAUAAAAGUAGUCUAUAUAACUCAUGUGCCAUAAAGUUUUUUUUUUCUUUUGGAGCUUACAAUUAAUUAUUUCAUAUUAUCAUUAAUAUGAAAAAGAGCUCUCUGGACAUACUGCAAUCUAUCGGCUUUAGUCAGAAAUUUAUGGAAGCUUGUUUCUGCCAUGAAAUAAAAAUGAAAUAAAAAGGUAACUGCGAGUU